CAACAUUCUCGACAUCGACAUCGACGGUGAUGCAGACCCCACGCUCAAAGCAGCUAUCGAUUCUGGGCAAGCGCACUCACCGUAGUGAGCUGUCUUCGCCCUCGAACUGUGAGCAGCUGCAGACACCGGACCCGACGCCCAAUCCCAAACGCCCCAAGACAACGGUAACAAUACUCGACGGCGACGACAACAAGGAAAACAUCCCCCCGUAUCUCAUCCGGGCGGUCAACGGUGAUUCAUCGUCACCUAUCUCAGCUAGAGCUGCGCGUACCCUCAGGAGGACAUCGACUGAGGCUGUCCUUUCUUCGCCGCGCCGGCGGCCAGUGCCACAGAGGCGCGCAUCUACAUCGUCGUUGGUUCCUCCUUCAACGCCUACUGCUGGUGUCUCACACUUAACCAUAUCUACACCACCGCCUACCCCGCCAUCACUUUUGCCUAUUCAUGUUCGAGCGCGUGCCUUGCUUCGAGCUACCUGCAAUUGCAUAGCUGAUAUGCCAGGACGCGAGAAGGAGCGCUCAGCUAUUCAGAAUUUCAUCACGGUUUCCGACAACGGAGAUCAAAUCACCUGCCUGUACAUCUCUGGCUCCCCUGGCACGGGCAAGACCGCCCUCGUCAACUCCCUCAUCCAAUCUCUUGGCACCGACUUGAACGGGACGAAGGUUAUUACAAUCAACUGUAUGGCGCUUGAUAACGUCGAUGCUUUAUGGGAGCGGCUGUCUGAAGAAUUUCAAGGACCUUGUAAGCGGAAACGAUCCAAGAAGACUGCCAAGGGGAAGGGGAGGGAGACCCUAGAAGACAUUCUAUCUGGUCUUGACGAUAAAUGCAUUCUAGUAUUGGAUGAGUUGGAUCAUAUCGCCUCCGCUACCCAGUCCUUGUCGGCUGUGUUCUCCCUUCCCGCUUGCAAUUCCUCAUUACGCAUCAUCGGCAUCGCCAAUACUCAUACUCUUACAUCAUCGACAAUCUCAUUCUCGUCGCCUGUGCAGACACUUCACUUCCCUCCUUACACCCCGACGCAGCUGUUAUUGAUUGUUCAGGCACGACUGGCCCCAUUGUACAACACAGAAUCUGCCGAGGAAGCUAAAAGGUUACUUCCUACUGCACCUCUGGUUUUAUUGACGAAGAAAGUCGCCGCUUUGACUGGGGACGUGCGAAGUCUCUUCGAAAUUCUGCGAGGGGCAAUUGAUAUUGCAGCCACUCUGCAUAUCUCUAAGGACGUCCAAACAUCAUCGAGCUUUUCCGUGGCGCCCGCCCACAUUCUCGCAGCUCUCAAGGCUCACGGUCCGUUGAACAAGACGUCGCCCUUCAGUUCCUCAUCAACUGCAGGGUCAUGUGGCAACGAUAUCGCGUCCAAAGUCAAGUCGUUGGGCCUUCAAGCUCGGCUCGUGCUUCUCUCGGUCUUACUAUCUUCAAAACGGAUGGAAGCCAGCUUACCGCUUGCGACGUCUACUUUGUCCUCACCCACGAAGCGUUCGCAGUCGUCGCCACGUCUCCCCGUAGUGGCGACAACCGUGGAAAUGUCGCAGUUGCAUGUUUUCUAUUCGGAUGUCUUGAGGCGCGGUGACAGUGACGUUUUCGUGCCCGUAUCUCGCAGCGAGUUCGGAGACGUCGUCAGUAUGUUGGAAGGUCUUGGCUUAGUCUCCACGAUGCUUGGAUCUAAAGGGGUCAAGCGUUCGUUUACUAGGACCGCAUCCUUUACGCAGGGUGCGUAUAAGGGUGUCACAUCGGGGAACGUCCAGCUUGCUGCAGGCGUUUGGCCAGAAGAGAUACUGAGAGGCAUGGGUAUCGGAGCCUCAGAGAGGUCGGUAUCUGACGACGUAAUGGAGGAAGAAGUGUCUGCUUUCUGGCGACGGGAGCUCUCCAGGCUGGAAAGAGACAGGAAGAAUGCCGAAGUGAAAGAUCUGCGGGAUCCGCAUUUCGCUGAUGCUGUACAAGAUGACUGAUCUUCAGUUAUUUCGUCAUAUACUUAUUUUCUAUCUUUGCUUGCAUGCUAUACAUCAUUGUCAUCAUCCUCAUUGCAUUUGUUUUCCUUUCUUCAUGUUGGUUUCGAAGUUUUGUAUCCUGCCUUCAUACAUGUGCUAUAUAUUAUGUCAAUGUUAUAGUUGUGUCUGUCAUCUAACUAUUUUGCUGGUUGAUUGUAUGGGGUGUAAUAGUGUCCGGAAAAUUGAGAGGUGGUGUGGUGGGAGGGUGGUGAAAGUCACUGUUCUCACAAGGAGCUCAUGCAGUUGUUGACAGGUGUAAAGAUGGG